AUGAAUCCGCAAAUAACCAACCUCAUCAUCAUCCUGGUGAUGAUGCAGGCCAGCAAGAAGAUCCCCUUUGAGGAUCCGAACGUGCUUUGGGGCGUCCGCGCGCUCUACCUCCUCUCCAACUUGGCCAUCGUCGCCAUCUACUUCUACGUGGGCAUGCAGAUUGACAAGAAGAAAGACCGCACCGUCCUCAAAUACGUCGAACCCGCUGCCAUGGGCAGCACGGAAGAGCCAAAGGCCGUCACCACCACCGUCCACGCCUACGACAAGCAACAACUGAAGAGUCUGUACAAGAGCCAGCUGAUGGGCAUUGGCAUGAUGGCCGUCAUGCACCUCUACUUCAAGUACACCAACCCUCUGCUCGUCCAGAGCAUCAUCCCGCUCAAGGGUGCCUUUGAGGGCAAUCUGGUCAAGGUGCAUUUACUCGGGCAGGCGGCCACUGGGGACCUCAAGCGCCCAUGGAAGGCCAACGCCGGCUUCAUGGGAGCCAUGCAGCAGGGAGGCGGCGAGAUCAAGACGGAUAAGAAGAGCAUCGAGGCUGCCGAGCGUGCCGGUCGUGGAGGAGCCAAGGAGGAGUAG